GUUGAAGCCAACGUUCAACUUCACGCGUUGAACCGUGACGCGGACCAACUAGUGUAAACAUCUAAAUCAGGCACACACUCAAGUACUGUAGUACGAGUUGAGUACGAGGUACCUAGUCUGCGACAUGGACAUUGUUUGACGCCUCCCUUCGUGAAUCGCCUCCUUCAAACGUAUUAAUGUCGGCCAGCAUUGGGCCAUUGGAGGACCCCAAGUUCAACUCUCUGCACGAAGACAGACGUUUGAUAGCUGCCUUACAGUUUUACCAGUGGCGUUCGCACCCGGGCAGCCACAUUGGUGUUCAAGUCGUUGUGAGGCACUACCAAGUUAUCUUGUGGGGUUAGACCGUUCUUUUAUGCUGGAGCUAAGACUCGGAAUGAUUAUAAAGCUGUAGGAGAGAGUUGAUCUGCGUAUGCCCAUGUAUCGAUUGCCUGGCCCGUGUUCACACACUGUUCACUACGAAUAUGUCGUCUGCAGUUGUUCUAAGCCUGAUUGCGGUCCUCUGUGCUUGGCUUGUUCAUCGUCUACGCCGUGCGGGUAGUCGAGAACGUGGCCUUCCACCCGGACCUCCGACUUUCCCUUUGAUUGGCAAUCUUCAUCAAUUCCCCACGUCCUUUGCACAUCUUAAAUUCACGAAAUGGGCUCAAGUUUACGGAGAUAUCAUCUCGGUCAAGCUUGGUCCUCAAACUGUUAUUGUUCUAUCCAGUCCACGCCUGGUCCAUGAAUGCAUUGAUUUGCGCAGUGCCACCACGUCAGACCGCCCGUCGCUUCAUAUUGCCAAACUGUUGUACGACGACAACGAAGAAAUAGCCAUUGCUCGAUAUGGUCCUACAUGGAAGGCAUUGCGUCGAGCAGCGCAUGACAUCCUGAGUCAUGAAGCAUGUAUGAAGCACUUGCCCAUACAACACGCAGAAGCUAGCCAGCUGAUGUAUGAUCUUCUGGAGCGUCCCAAGGGACUUUACACUCACAUUUACAGAUACUCCGCGUCUGUAAUCCUCUCUGUUGUAGCCGGCAUACAUUGCCCCCGGUUUGAAGGCAGCAUUAUUGAAGAUUUUGAUAGUAUGAUACGUCAAUUGGAAUACAUCAUGAGGCCUGGUGGCUCCCCGCCUGUUGACCUUAUCCCACUCUUGAAGCACAUUCCUUCGAGGUGGGCACUGUGGAAGACAAAAGCCAGAGAAGUUCGGGCAGCACAGGAGAAGCUCUUCUUUGGCAUACUUGAUCAUUGUGUCGACCGCAUCAAACGUGACGAACGGAAUGACUGUUUCUUAGAAUAUGUUCUGGACCAUCAAAGUCGUUAUGGUCUUGACUAUAGGAAGAUGGCAUAUCUUGGGGGCACACUGCUCAUGGCUGGCAGUGACACAACCGCAGUUUUCCUGCGAUGGUUUGUCGCAUGCAUGGUCACGCAUCCUGAUGUCCAAAUGCGAGCUCAGCAGGAGAUCGACGAAAUCAUUGGUCUCGAUAGGUCCCCUGUACUGAAUAACAUCGAGAGGCUACCUUAUUUGCGGGCAAUCAUUAACGAGGUUCAUCGCUUUCGCCCUGUAACGCCAACCGCAAUGCCUCAUACUACAACUGCAGAUGAACGGGUCGGCGACUUCCUCAUUCCAAAGGGUGCGACGAUCUUCAUGAAUGUCUGGGCUAUAUAUCACCACGAGGAUUAUUUCGACAAUCCAGAGCUUUUCGAUCCUGAACGGUACAUGCGGUCAGAGCUUGGUGCUAAACCUGGAGCCGACACUACCGGACUUCGGAAUGACCUUGGGUUUGGUGGUGGUCGACGAAUUUGUCCAGGCUCGAACUUAGCUUCGAAUUCCAUUUCCCUGAAUACCAUGAACCUUUUGUGGGCCUUCAGAUUCCUACCCAGAAAGGAUGAGGUCACAGGAUUUCCCAUUCCCAUCGACCUAAACAGUUAUACCGGCGGUUUGGUUGUAUUCCCGACCCCUUUUCAAUGUGAAAUCAUCCCUCGAAGCGAAGCAAAGGCUGACCUGAUUCGCGAGCAAUUCACCGCGGCCCUCCCUACAUUCGAGCUCUUUGAACAACACACUUCUCUUUAAGGCGAACUUAAUGAUGGGGCGUGAAGGUGCCGUUUCUCUCUUGCUACUUAAAGCCGAUGGCUUGUGUUCUUGUUAUCCGAUGGUGUGUUUGGUUUUAUAGAGAACUGUUGAAGUUAGAAAGGUGUUAUUACUCUCUGGUAUUUCUGUCUCGUGAGACUAGCUGACUUGGACUGUCUCGUAGGGUAUAACAUGAACACUAAAUGUUUACGAAUAAGUAGUGCAACUACCAAUGCCACCUAUGUGUGAACUCAGAAAAAGAUCUGCGAGAAUACCAAGGAGAAUGUCGAAUAUUCAAUAUGACAAGGACUCAUGCUUCUUUCCUUACGACAGUUGUGACAUGAACGCAUUCGAGAAUCGAAAAUAUGCGAAAGUUCCAAUCUAUGACAUACAAUACAGAUAUUUACAGUAA